UUCAGAUCCUUCCUUCGUUCCUCCAUCUACGUCAUCUUGGGCGGCUUGUUCUGUUAAUCGUCUGGAUAUUUUGAAAGCUUUGAAUAGUUCUGGAGAUGUAUCUGAUCGUAAUGUUCUUUGAAGCAGAUGGCUUGUGUGAUUAGAGAGGGAAAUGUCAAUCCUGUUCUUAAAAUUCGCCUUGUUGAAGGAAAGGAGAAAAAUAUCAUUUCUGUGUCUGAUUCUAAUUUUGAUUUUGAAAAGAAAUCUUUAAAAAAACUUCUUCUUUUCCAAUUUUUGGUUCGAACGAUCUUGAAGCUUCUUCAUCGAAAGAUGAUCGUCGUCCAUCUUCGGCGGUCAUUUCUUCCGUCUCCGGUGACUCAUCUCUAAUACCCAAUGUCGAGAGAUGUCUUCUUCUUUAAGCCCUAAAUUGAAGGUAAGCAGAUUCUUUCCAAAACGUUUUCAAGAAGAAUACAAAUCUGACUCCAAUGAGAUUCUGUUGAAGAAUAAGAUUUCAGAAGAUAAAGAUGUUGGUAUUAAUGUCCUUAAUGAUGUGCAUCUUGUUGAAAAGCAAGAAUCCCUUAAUGCAUGGAGUAAACCAGCCAAUAUUAAAGUGAAUUCAGUAAACAAUGUUGAAAUGUCUGAAGAUGGUGUUGAUUUGAAACUUCAUUCAGAUAAUGAGUUGGAAAAUAUUCAUAGGCUUCGCUAUUCCAUUGUGAUUAAAGUUUUUGGUAAUCUUAUUCCGUAUUCCUUGAUUAGCAGAGAAUUAAGGAAUCAAUGGAGUAAAUUUGGAUCCUUUCAUAUAACCGGUUUGGGUAAAGAAUGGAUUUUAUGUUCUUUUCAGUCAACAGAAGCUAAAGCAGCAAUUUUCAGUGGAAGCUCAUGGCAUGUAACUGGUCAUAUAAUUGAAGCUAUGGAAGAAACAAAACGUUUAGCUGAAGCGGAGAUAGUAAUUGAAGAUAUAUCAGAAUCCUUUUCUGAUAUGUAUUAAAAUCAGUAGCAUUAUCUGAAGCUGUUCUUUUAGGCGUGGUUGCUGGAGCUGGUGAUGAGAUUAAAGACUUUUCGAUAGCUGACUAUAGAGCUGAAGGUGAUUUUGGAGAUAAUUUUGUUGAUGGAGCUAAAUCUAUUUCAGGAUUAUAUUUCUCGAGCUGAUUAUGUUCAUGUUGAUGAUGGAAUUGCUAAUCUCAAGUCAAAUGUCUCUGAAGUUUUGUCUCAUCAGAAGAUGAAAGGAGUUGUAAUCAAUUGUCAAAAUCUGCCUUCCAAUCAAAACAUUGGUCCUUUGGUAAGUUCUGAGCCUGCUAGCUUUGCUAAUUGUAAUAAGGCUUUAAGUUCUUUUAUGUGUGAAAUAAAAUGUAAUAAAGAACUUAAAUCUUUAGAGCCUAUUGAAGUUUUUCCUAGAAAAAGGAAAAUUUAUUUGAA